CAAACCAGGAAACAGUUUGCUCUUCAGUACCAAGACACACAGACGAUCAGAUCCACCGUCAGACUGAACUAACAACGUCCUCUGAGUGAGUUCAUCUACAGGAGAGAGGAGGAGGAAACUACAACACUGCAGACGCUCCACACACUGAAGCGUCACUCAGAGACAAAAUGGCUUCCAGGUUAGAGGAGGAUCUCUGCUGUCCGGUGUGUCAUGAUGUCUUCAGAGAGCCUGUCGUUCUGUCAUGUAGCCACAGCUUCUGUAAAGACUGUCUGCAGAGCUGGUGGACAGAGAGACGAACACGGGAGUGUCCAGUCUGUAAGAGAAGAUCUUCAAAGGAUCAACCACCUGUAAGUCUGACGUUAAAGAACCUGUGUGAGACCUUCUUACAGGACAGAGAUCAGAGAGCUUCAGAGGAUCUCUGCAGUCGGCACUCUGAGAAACUCAAACUCUUCUGUCUGGACCAUCAGCAGCCGGUGUGUCACAUCUGCAGAGACUCAGAACAACACACCAACCACAGAUUCAGACCCAUCGAUGAAGCUGCACGACAACACAAGAAGGAACUUCAGGAAACUCUGGAGCCUUUAAAGGAGAAGUUAAAGGUUUGUGAAGAAGUUAAAGUGAAGUUUGAUCAGACAGCAGAACACAUGAAGGUCCAGGCCCGACACACAGAGAGGCAGAUUAAGGAUCAGUUUAAGAAGCUGCACCAGUUUCUAGCAGAGGAAGAGGAGGCCAGGAUGGCUGCACUGAGGGAGGAAGAGGAGCAGAAGAGUCAGAUGAUGAAGGAGAAGAUGGAGGCUCUGAGCAGAGAGAUAGCAGCUCUUUCACACACAGUCAGAGCCACAGAGGAGCAGCUGAGAGCUGAAGACGUCUCAUUCCUGCACAACUACAAGGCUGCAGUGGAAAGAGUCCAGCAGCGCCCCCUGCUGGAGGAUCCACAGCUGCCCUCAGGAGCUCUGAUAGACCAGGCCAAACACCUGGGCAACCUGAGCUUCAACAUCUGGAACAAGAUGAAGGACAUGGUCUCCUACACUCCUGUGGUUCUGGACCCAAACACUGCUCAUCCAGAACUCAUCCUGUCUGAAGAUCUGAGCAGUGUGAGACGAGGACAGAGACAGAAGCUUCCUGAUAAUCCAGAGAGGUUUGAUAUCUUCUGGUCUGUCCUGGGAUCUGAGGGCUUUAACUCAGGGACUCACAGCUGGGACGUCGAGGUUGGAGACAGUACAUACUGGAUACUGGGUGUGUUAGCAGAGUCUGUCCGGAGGAAGAGACUCAUACAGUCUGGAUUAUGGAGUAUGAUGUUUUCCUCUGGUAAAUACUUUGUGUUUUCACCACCAGCUCCAUCCACUGUUCUCGUCGUGCAGAAGAAGCUCCAGAGGAUCAGAGUGAAUCUGGACUGGAACAGAGGAACGCUGUCGUUCUCUGAUCCUGAUACUAACACACACCUACACACCUUCACACACACUUUCACUGAGAGGAUGUUUCCAUUCAUUGCCACUGGGGGUGAACUGAAGAUAUCACCUCUGAAGGUGUGUGUGACAGUGGAACAGAGCAGGUACAGAAGUAUUUCAUUUCGGGAAAGACUUAAAUAAAACUUUCUCUCUCUGCAGUAGAAAGACAGAAUUUGUUUUAAAUUGAUGCAACAUGAGCAGAGAAAACAGAGUAAAAGGACUGUGGUGUUCACUUGUACAAUCCCAGUUUACUGGUGUGCGGUCCUGGUUUUGGGCAAAAUGAAGAGUUUACUAUUGUUCAUUUGUAUAAAAUACCAACAUUGUUUUGACACUAGGUUUGUCAAAAUUACUCCAAAAUAACAAAUAUUCGCUCUAAAAAAAACCCACAUAGGUUUUGAACCAUUCACAUAUCUGUAUUUGUGCAUAAUGUCAAUAACAGGAGGACAAACUAAUACAAUGACACAUAACUGCUUGUACAGGUGUUUUUGGGAUACGGUGCCUCAGUUCCAAUUCUUGACAAAACUCUCUGAAGCCAUCAACGAUACUGAUCAGCCUCUUGUCCUUACAUAUGAAUGAAGCAAGUUUCUUCGUGCAGCCUCCUGUUGUGCUGCAGACAAAGAGCUUGUGGCGGGCGGUGAAACUGAGUGGAGACGUGGCUGUUUAGUUGGAGUUCCAGACAUCACGGCGUGCUCAUUUGGGUUCAUAUUUUCGAGAUGUGUCCUAAGCUAACUGUAGCUUAUACAGCUCGCAUACAACUUUACCUCGAGAUCCGCAUUUUUGCCGUCUACUGACCAAAGUCCCAAGUAUAUCUUAACGGGGCUUUUUGGGUUGCUUGGAGUCCAAACCACUCUCUCUGCUGACGAGUUUGGCUCUGAACUUUGUGGCAUUUCGUUUUUCUCUCUGUCAUCUGCAUCUGCCUCGGUUUUUAUCACGUCUCACUUUCAGCAGUGAGUGACGCUGUGCAGGUGCGACUCCUGUGACUCGUCCCCGACCCAUCAUGCCGUGCGCCCACUCGCAAAGCAGCCGCUGAUGUGAUCUUUUUUUUUUUAAUAUUUGAAUUUGAAUUUCGAAUUUUCAUUGACAGCCCUAUUUGACAAAGAGCUGGUUGAAAACUGAGAUAAAGUGGAUAAUUGUAUCCAUUUUUUUUUCUUAAAGGCGUUAUUGAUCAUCAUUUUAAAAUCAUUCAGUUACAAUCAUCAUGUUAAGGUAAAUUCAGACUUUUAUUCUGCACUGUGGAUGUUUUAUUUUGAAAAUGAUUAUUUUCAACAGAAAAAUUAUUCAGUGACCUUUGGAGUUGCUCUUCCUGCUGUGUCAUCAUUCAAAACACAUGGACUUUCAUUUUUCUGACUUUUUUUUAUUUGACAAAUUGCUUUGUGUUUCUAUUGUCAAAUUAAUCAAAUUAAGGAUUGGCACAAAUGAACAAAUCAAUUUUGACAGACUGAAGGCUUAAUGUUUCCUCCGCACUCUGUUUCUGAACAUCUAAAAUGACUGACAGACAAUUUUAAUGAAUUUUUGUGUUUCUGGUCAAAAAAAGACCAAACUUACCUGUUAAAUGAUGAAUAAAUGGAGUAAUGAAAAUUAGAUUUAUUAAUGAGAUUGAAAAAAAUCUGAAAUAACAAGUGUGUGUGUGUGUGCGUGUGUGUGUGUGUGUGUGUGUGUGUAUGUCCUCUUAGGUAGAUGUUGAUGAAGGAUGCAAGUCCCCUCGUGGCAAUUUCUUUAAGAAAAUCAAAAGAACAGAUUUGAGGUAAUAUUGUGGUAAAAGACCUGAACAAUGUUUCUGUCCUGUUUUUCGUUUUUUCAAAAUGACCAGAAACAGAAGGUCCCCUUUCAAAAGUGGAGCGAUGUAGUGCCCUUUUGGUGCUAUAGACGUGUAUAAGUGUGUUGCAGAUUUGAUACGUCCAAACUUCCUUGCACAUCCUGUUAAAUGAUGAAUAAGUGAUGACGUAAUGAAAAUAAGAUUUAUUAUUGAAAUGUGAUGAUUACAACGUGUCUAAUUUGUGUUUAGAGUGAAGACAAUAUAAGAAUCAAACAUUCAGGCAACAUUGGUGAGUAAAUGAGAUAACGAGUUCAUUAUAAUAAAUGUUUUCAUGUGAGCAGAUAAUUAAAACCACUUCAGGUCUCCACCUCCAGACUCUCCUCGUGUUUCACCAAAAUAUUUGUCUUUUUGUGUGAGUCCUCUCAUCCAACCGGUGCCUUGCUCGAGGGAACUUCAGCUGUGUUUGCAUCCAGCUGUGAGGAGAGCGCUGUGCUGCUCUCGUUAAUCAGCGAGUCACAGGCUCGAGUUUCGAGGAUGGAGCCUGACAGUCACCUCGGGCCUCAGCAGAACGUCGAUUUCUACCCUCAUUAGUGUUGA